AUGGACUUGGUACCAGCGCCAAGUGGGGAGAUCCCGGUUAAGACGCCCAUGGUCGAGGUGGAGGCUGUGGAUGUCGCGGAGCAGGUCAACGCGGAGACAGUCACCCUGGAGGAGGCGGCAUCUGAAUUUGGGAGCGACAGCGACGACUCAGAUGGUGACGACGCGCUAUCUGAAGAUGGAGACAUUGUUCAGUUUAUGCGCGAUGACCAGUUGCAAGAUGUUCCCGGUGCCUGUACGCUGAAGGAGGCUAUGGCAUACCGGAAGCGACUUCAUGAUAUUGGAAAAGCCGCUUUUGUCGAGGAGACUCUCGUGCGCGAGACUGUGACGGCGAAGAAGCUAUGUACGGCUUUCGGCAUCAAACUGCCAGAGUUUCUGGACGGCGCACCAGAUGAGGCCUACCAUCCGCUUUUAGCCAUCGCUAUUUCCCGGGAGUUCUCACGGAGACCAAAGCUUUCUCAGUACAACACUAUUGAUGAUGCCGUGAAGUUGCUUCAAGAGGCUAAGAACAUCAUCGUGUUAACUGGAGCUGGUAUUUCGACAAGUCUUGGUAUCCCUGAUUUCCGUUCAAAGGAUACUGGUCUUUAUUCAAAGCUGGCGCAUCUUGGGUUGAGUGAUCCACAGGAAGUGUUUGAUAUCCAGAUCUUUAGAGAAGAUCCAAGUAUUUUCUUCUCCAUUGCGAAGGAUAUUCUUCCUACUGAGAAGAAGUACUCACCAACCCAUGGAUUCAUCAAACUUCUUCAAGACAAAGGGAAACUUCUGACUAACUACACUCAAAACAUUGACAACAUCGAGGCGAAUGCUGGCGUCCGCGCGGAAAAAAUGGUGCAAUGCCACGGGUCCUUUGCAACCGCCACUUGUGUCAAAUGCGAUUUCAAGGUCCCUGGAGAUGCAAUCUUCGAUGAUAUCAGAGAAGGGAAGGUGCCUGAAUGCAGCGCUUGUCUCGAGAGUAUUGCAACUUUAAAACCACAAGGGCUGAAGCGCAAGCGGAGUUCAACUGGCAAUCAGAAGGACCGUAAGGAGUAUGAAGACAGCUCUGAUGAGGAUGACUACGACAUCCCGACUCCUGGUAUCAUGAAGCCCGACAUCACUUUUUUUGGUGAAGAUCUUCCUGAUGAGUUUGGCCAACGCUUGAUUCACCAUGACCGGGAAUUGGCAGACUUGGUCAUUGUCAUUGGAACUUCGCUCAAGGUAGCCCCUGUCGCCGAAGUGCCAGGCAUUCUACCGCGCAACGUCCCACAGAUCUACAUAUCGCGUACACCGGUGUCGCACACCGAUUUCGAUAUCGAUCUUCUAGGUGACAGUGAUGUGGUGGUCUCGGAGCUCUGUCGCCGAGCUGGCUGGAACUUGGAGCACCAUAUGAUUCCUGCGGAUGAGAAAGUUGAUAUUACUCCCGUGGAGGGAUAUGAGUCACGACAUGUGUUUAAAGUGGUUGGCGCAUAG